CAUGCAUGCUUGCCAGCACGCGCAGUCAAAAGCCAGCCAGCAAAGCAGGAGGAAUGAGCGCAGAGAGGCUUUGAUGGGGUGUGGAUUUGGAUUUUCGGCUUGACAGAGCGUUGCGAUCUCAAAGAUUGCUGCUGCAGUGCAUGUUGCAAUGCUGAGGAGUCAGUCCGGAGGCCAUUGAUCUAGCAACUUAGAUUGUCCUCUAGAGCACGCUUUCGAGUGGGACGGUUUUUGUACAUGUGAACCCCUUGUAUUGAAGGUGCUGAUCAUGGAUAGGGGAUAUAGUGAGGAGGAGUGGCGGCUCAUUGAAGACUCUGACACCGAAGUGGGGCCAGGUGAGGGAAACGCAAAGAAGUCCAAGUCCAGCAGGGAAGCUGGCGGCCCGGCUGGUUUUCAACGGGAGGCUUCUCAGAGCGGAAGAAGAACUAGUACAAGCGAAAGUAACAAGGAGACUGACGCUGAUGUGCUAGCGGAGCUGGGAGUGACUUCUAUUGCGGAGGCUGAUGUCACCAAGCGGGUCAUAGAAGACGUGGAGAGGGAGAGGGCAGAGACUGAGAAGCAGGUCCGAGGCGAGGAGAACAAUGAGGAGGAGGGAGUCUCCGGUGGCGAGCUUGACAGACGAAGGAUCAAGCAGCAGCUGUCUGUGCUGCGCAAGGAGAUCGCGGCAGUCAGGGCAGGCUUGGAGGAUGAGGCAGCUGAAGAUGGUGUCAAGGUGGAAGCAGAGGACAUUGGCACAGCCGGAGUUGACACUGCAGGCACAGAAGGUGAUCAUGCGCAGGAAGAUGGGGCGCAAAAGCCAUCUGCCACUCAGGAUCCUCAAGCCGGAGUGUCCCUUCAAAGAGCCCUCGCUUCGCAGCGCCUGCAAGACCUGAAGGCCCAACGGCGCCAGCUGAGAGAACAGUUAGCUAAGCUAGAAUCCUCCGACGCUGAGGGUCUAGAAGACACAGAAGCAACCAGAUCCUCAGAAGGGAAUGCUCGAAAUCUUAGCGGAGAGAAGCGGAGAAACAGGGAGGGAGCACCAGGGAUGGGGCUCAAUGGGAGCGGUCUGGGGGAGAAGGAGGGGGGUGUCGAAGAAAGGGGGAAGAAGCGGGUGCGUUUUGAGGAAGGGCCGCGGAAGGAAGGCCCGGCGGCGAGUAGGCUGGGCGAAGCAACUGGGAUGCUCGAAACGGAACGGGACCGCCUGAUUCGGACAGGCGUCCUGACGCCUUUCAGCAGCGUCCAAGGGUACGAGAAGAAGGUGACGUCAUCCGCCCCGAAGGCGACGUCAUCAGCUCUCGAGCGGCGUCGGAAUGGUUUUGUCGAAGACGAUGAUUUCGACACCGUUUUUGAGCCGCGGCCUUCUCAGAAACUGCUGACAGCACCGCGGCGAAGCGCGAUCGAGGACUUUGGCGCGGGCGCGGAAGGUCUGGGAAUCUCGGGCAGCUUAACCACUGGAGGGUUAAGGGGUUCGGACGGGGAGAAUGGCAGCGAAGACGAGCGGCUACAACAGGCGAUCGCACGCACUGCGGCGCAGAACGAGGCGAUCUACAAGUCGAAGGGCGUGAUCAAGGUUCUGACGGGCGGCGACGUCCCAAAGCAAGAGCCGAUCGCGCGGGACUUCCGGCGGAAAAACCAGAAGUACAUACGACGCAUUAGCGAGAAAGAGGAGGGCGUCGGCGGGAAGAAGUUCCGGCGGCGGCGGCCAGUUCCGGCGGCGCAGUUCCGGCUGAAGCGGGAAUCGGGUUUGGAGGAUUUGGGCGACGAGGGGGUUUCUGAGGAGGGGGAUAUUGAGGGGGGCAGAAGGAAGAGACGGAGAAAACUGGCUAAGGUUAAGAAGGAAGAGGGCACGGAUAAAGAGUGGAGUCCGGGGAGUGAUGAGGAAGAGCUUUCGGACGAGGCCGACGCCGGCGCGCUCCUCCCCUUGGAAGAAGCCAAACCCGACGUCGUCAUCGAAGGGGGCCUGCGCAUCCCGGGGGGCAUCUACGACCGGUUGUUUGCGUAUCAGCAAACGGGCGUGAAGUGGUUAUGGGAGCUCCACUGCCAAAAAGCCGGGGGGAUCAUCGGGGAUGAGAUGGGCCUCGGGAAAACGGUGCAACUGGUCGCCUUUUUGGGAGCGCUACACUACUCGGGGCUGUACCAACCGAGCAUCGUCGUGUGCCCGGUGACUCUACUCCGGCAGUGGAAGCGGGAGGUGCAGGCGUGGUAUCCGCGAUUCAAGGUCGCCAUACUGCACGACUCCGCAACACCAUCUGGUGGCGCUCCGAAAGAUGAAGAGGAUCCGCGGAGCAGCGACGACGAGAACGAGAGCGAGGAGGAAAUCCAGACGGCGAAGUCCAAGGCUGGAAAGAGCCACAGAUGGGACGCUCUAAUUGCUGCCACGGUGAACCGCCCCGACGGGCUGCUGCUGACGUCAUACGAGCAGCUGCGGAUCCAGCGGGAAAAGCUGCUGGACAUCCCCUGGGGAUACGCUAUCCUGGACGAGGGCCAUAGGAUACGGAACCCGGACGCCGACAUCACGCUGGUAUGCAAGCAGCUGCAAACGGUACAUCGGAUCGUCAUGUCCGGCGCUCCCAUCCAGAACAAGCUGACGGAGCUCUGGUCGCUCUUCGACUUCGUCUUCCCCGGAAAGCUGGGCACACUGCCCGUCUUCCAGUCGCAGUUUGCGCUGCCGAUCGCGAUUGGCGGGUACGCCAACGCGAGCCAGCUUCAGGCGAGCACGGCUUACAAGUGCGCAGUGGUUCUCCGCGACCUGAUCAUGCCGUACCUGCUGCGGCGCAUGAAGGCCGACGUAGAAGCGCAACUUCCGAAGAAGACGGAACAGGUUCUCUUCGUCUCGCUGACGGAAGAACAACGGCGUGUCUACCGCUCCUUUCUGGCGUCGAACGAGGUCGAGGCAAUCAUUGCUGGGGACCGAAAUGCGCUGUACGGAAUUGACAUCAUGCGCAAAAUCUGCAACCAUCCCGACUUGUUGGAAAGGGAUGAGAUGGCGGCGCAUGAGGACUACGGGAACCCGGAGCGGAGCGGCAAGCUGAAAGUUGUUUCAAAGAUUCUGCCCCUCUGGAAGGCGCAGGGUCACCGCGUUCUUCUCUUCUGCCAGACGCAGCAGAUGCUCGACAUCAUUGAGAACUUCGUGGUCAAUGUGCCGUUUGUGUAUCGGCGGAUGGACGGCAACACGCCCAUCAACCAGCGCAUGGCGAUCAUUGACGAGUUCAACAACUCGGAUGCCGUCUUCAUCCUUAUUCUGACCACUAAGGUCGGUGGGUUAGGCACUAACUUGAUUGGCGCCAACCGGGUUAUCAUCUUCGACCCCGACUGGAACCCGUCCACGGACAUGCAAGCCCGCGAGCGCGCGUGGCGCAUUGGCCAGAAGCGUGACGUCACCGUCUACCGGCUCAUAACCAGCGGGACGAUUGAAGAGAAGGUUUACCACCGUCAGAUCUACAAGCACUUCCUGACAAACAAGAUUCUGAGGGAUCCCCGGCAGCGGCGCUUCUUCAAGGCCAAAGACUUGACGGAUUUGUUCAUGUUGGGGGACGAAGAUUCCGGCAGGGGGACGGAAACGAGUGAGAUUUUUGGGGGAGGGGAAGAGCGGGCCGAGCGCGGGCCGAAUGUGAGGGCGCGACUAUUGAACGGGAUGAGGAAGGCUAGAGCUUCCGGCGCUGUGGGUAGCGACGAAGAGAACGGGAGGUUAGCUUUAGAGGGGCCCAGCCGGAAGGGGAAGGAGAAAGUGUCGGACGACGAGGAAGGUUUAGAGGGGCUCUACAGGGAGGACGCAGUCGACGAGAAGCCUAAAGCUUCCGGGGAAGAAACCGGGCUUCUGAAGAGUCUUUUCGAGAGCACCGGGGUGCAUUCGACGAUGGACCAUGAUCAGAUAGUUGGGGCGAACGAUCCGGAAAACGUUAUCGUGGAUUACGAGGCGAAUCGCGUCGCUAGACGGGCCGCGGAGGCUCUGAAGCAGAGCCGAGCCGCACGUGCGAGUGCUGACGUGGCAGUGCCCACGUGGACCGGGCGCUCGGGGGCGGCGGGCGCACCGGAUGGGGUUAGGCGGCGGUUUGGGGCGACGGUUAACUCGCGGAUUGUGCAGCAGACCCGGGUUAGCACGUCGCCGGAAGGGUCUGCAGGAACUGGAGGGUUAAGUGGCGGGUUAACUAGACCCGGAGGCCUGGGCGGAGCUGGUCGGGGGGCGCUUAGCUCGAGCGCUCUGUUGGCGAGAGUAAGGGAAGGAAGGCUGGCGGCGGAAGAAACGCACACUGGGGCGGAGCCAAGCGGAUCGGGGUUAGCGGGCGGGUUAAGGAGGUCCGCGAGCCCACUAGCGGGAGGGUUAAGGGCGUCGUCAAGGGAAAGCAGUCCCAUGGUGCAAAGUCCAAGCAGUGCACUGAAGGGAGCCUCUAACGGGUUGAGUGUGAAGAGCGAACCGUCAACGAGCGGAAAAGAGGGGGUUGCGGCGGGUGGUAUAGCCAACGGAAACAGAGGCGGAAGCAAAGCGAGCGGGAAACGGAAGGUGGGCGGAGGGUCUUUGCAGCCAGAGAUUUUGAUUCGGCAGAUAUGCACGUUCUUGCAAGAGAGGGGCGGAGAGGCUCCGUCGGCUGAGCUUGUGCAGCAUUUCGCGGAGAGGGUGAGGGAAGAAGACAUGGCGCUUUUCAGGCAGCUGCUGAAACAGAUAGCGACUCUGAAGAAGAGCGAGACGGGGGGUCCUUCGACUUGGGUGAUCAAGCCAGAGUAUCAAUAA